UCCUUAUAUUCGACCACACUUCGCGAGAACGACACGCUUAAUUAAUCCAUUCCUUCCUUCUUCUACACCAACUUUUUUAAAAAAAUGUCCUUUAACCUCCUCCCUCUUUUUCCCCUCUUUUUCCUCCUCCCUUACUCCACCCCUCAACUCCUCACUACCGAAUGUGGCGCCCGGCUUGCAUCCGGGCGAUACGCCACCACCGCCAUCUAUGACGAAUCCGACUCCAUCUACAUAAUCGGCGGGAUACCGUACGGUGACUACGAAAUUUCGAGGUACUCCAUCACCUCGGACGAAAUCUCCAUCGUGGCACGCCUCCCCUCCAACCGGGCCGCCGGGACGAUGUCGAUUGACACGCAGGGGAGCAUUUAUUACCAUGGCGGCGUCCAAAACGGGCAGUACGGAAGGAACGACAUUUUCAAAUAUAUCCCGGGAAACAUUAACCCCGUCAGAGCGAUUGGCGUCAUCCCCUGGUAUAACUUCAACUCGGUCGCCUUUCCGAGCUGGGAGGACCCCAAUAAUAUCUUUAUUCUGGGUGGAUCCCUCUACAAAGAGGUGAUUAUCCUCUUCAACCAGACGAGCUCCACCUCGGCAAGGGUAGGCUUGCUACCGACGGAGUAUAAUUUGCAAGCAGGAGUGUCCGAUGGGGCGGGGAGCGCGUAUUUAUUCGUAAAUGUGGAGGGGGGCAUUCCAUCCGUGGUGAAGUUUAAUAUGACUUCAUUCCAAGUUGAGGCAGAGGCUCCGAUAUUGGGGGGAUUCUCUUUUAAAGGCACCCCUCACUCUGUCUGGGACGGAAGGAAUGCAUGGAUAGUUGGGGGCUAUGGCAACUGGACGACGGGUCCACGGCCCAAUUCGAUCCUUAAAUUCGAUCCGGAAUCGAUGCAAAGUGAAAUUGUUCUGGUGGAGAAUUUUCCAGUGAGUGCGGAAAAUGUGACGUAUCUCUCGGAGACGAAUCCUGUUUGGGUCGAGGCGAAUAAUAGGAUCUACUUUUUUGGAGGAUACACCCGCAAUACGCCGGGAAGUAAUCAGAUAAUUCAUGAUAAAAUUUGGUAUAUUCAAUUACCUUAAUGUAUUCCUGGUUUGAGAUGGAUAUAAAUUGAUGACAUAAUGUCAUCUUUCUGCAUAUCCAACAAAUUUAAUUGGUUUAAUUAAAAUAUUAUAUGUAUGUAUUACAUCGACUUUUUUCCAGUGAAUAAACAGAUAUUAAUCACGAGAUCCUUAUAUAA